ACUCAGCAUGUCUUGUUCAAACAAGCUCCAGCUUUCUAUUAACCCACACAGGGAAGGGUAGUGAAGGGCAGGGAGCAGAGCAGGGCGCCUAGCACUCAUCUGUCAAAACAUUUUUUUCUGCAGCCAUUUUCUUUUCUCCUAAAGCCUGAGGAGAAGAAGGGAGGCAGCUCGGUGUGAAUCAGUGUCGGCUUACAUCCUGUGACCUGUCUGGAGUUGGAGGCCGACACUGAAUGGACUGAACAUGGGGUCAGAUGAGGCAUACAACUUUGUCUUUAAGGUGGUCCUGAUAGGGGAAUCUGGAGUAGGCAAGAGCAAUCUGCUUUCCCGUUUCACCAAGAACGAGUUCAACCACGACAGCCGGACGACCAUUGGGGUGGAGUUCAGCACUCGAACGGUUCAGCUCAACAACUUCAGCAUCAAAGCCCAGAUCUGGGACACAGCCGGGCUGGAGCGAUACCGGGCCAUCACUUCAGCGUAUUACCGAGGGGCGCUUGGAGCCCUGCUGGUCUAUGAUAUCACCAAACACCUGACCUACGAGAGUGUGGAGCGUUGGCUGAAGGAGCUGUACGAGCACGCUGACGCCCACAUUGUGGUUAUGCUGGUGGGCAACAAGACGGACUUGGAAUCAGACAGAUCUGUGCCCACUGAGGAAGCUAAAGACUUUGCAGAAAAGAAGGGUCUCUUGUUCCUUGAGACCUCAGCUUUGGAAUCAACUAAUGUGGAAGCUGCUUUCACCAAUGUCCUGGCAGAGAUUCACAAGAAGGCAAGCAGUAAGCAAGUGGUCCGAGGCCCCAUCAGCGCUGUGUCCCUGAGCAGCUCCGGAGCAGACAACACAGAGGAGAAGAAGCCUUGCUGCCGGAAUAUCUGAACACACCAUCCUCCAGGAGCCCACAAGGUCUCAGGGUGGACCACAGAACCACUUGGGUGUCUCCCACUGCCCUGAGAGUGGAGGACCUGCCAGAGGAGCAACUCGGGUCCUUGGUUUUAAUGGUCCUCGCUAAAAGGAUGCCACUUUGAAAUGACUGAUUUGCUGAUGAUGUAAGGGCUGGGAAGUGGAGAAAUAUAUUUAUGUUUAAUGUACAAUGAAUAAUGUGAAGCUGGAAACCAACAUGAAUCUCCACUGACCUCAGAACACACUAGGUCAAAGGUAAAACAACUGUAUUACCUCUGUGAUGAAAGAUUUCAAUCCACAUUUUUAAGACUUUGAACUAUAAUCACUGCAAACUGCUUUAAAUGCAAAUUACACAUGUCUGCUUUCUUCAAAUCAACAGUUUGGUUUGUUACUAAUGUGUUCACAGACUGUGAUUCAUGCUCCAGCUGAUCUGUGAUCAGACUGAUUGAAUUUCUUUAGUGAAAUAAAUCAUUUUUGGAGACAAUGAUGAUGUUGCGUUCAAUUUGCAUUUUAUUACACAUUUUCAAAAUAUUACCUGUUCACACAAGGCAAAGUUUACCACAUCUGCACAUUUAAAAUAUUGUUUGUCCCUCACAUUAAAACCAUUCUUUAAUAACAGUUCUUUGCAGUUAUUAUUGCAACUGAGAUUAUUGUGUCUAUAUAUGUGUCUGAAUGAGCCUCUCACAAUAGUUUCACAUCAAAAGCCUGAAAUUACCAUAAGUUUGUAACCUUAUGAGAAGUCUGUAAUGAGGUCUGAAAACUUCAUUUAUAGAAAUAAAAAAAAAAAAAAACAAACUAAAAGAUAUAAAAAGUAAAGGAGACAUGAAUUUU